GGGUAGGCGGGGGGCGGGCAGCCGGGGCGGGCCACGCCGGUGCCGGUAGGGCGGCGGGAUGGGGUGGGCGCUGCUGGGUGCGGGGCUGCUGCUGGCCCUCUACACGCUGCUUCGCCACGGGCUGCGCCCCGCCGUCCCCCCGCCCCGCUCCCCCGCCGCGCUCCGCGGCCGCACCGCCAUCGUCACCGGGGGAAGCGGCGGCAUCGGGGCGGCCACGGCGCUGGAGCUGGCCCGCGGCGGGGCCCGCGUCGUGCUGGCGGCCCGCGACGCCCUGCGGGGGGAGGCCGCCGCCCGCCGCAUCCGCACGGAGACGGGGAACCCGGAGGUGCGGUUCAUGCAGCUGGACCUGGCCAGCCUACGCUCGGUACGAGCCUUUGCCAGCGCCUUCCUGCGCCAGGAGCCCCACCUGCACCUCCUCAUCAACAACGCGGGGGUGAGCGCCGGGGGCAUGACAGAGGAUGGCUUCAGCCUCUCCUUCCAGGUGAACCACCUGGGCCACUUCUUGCUCACCCAGCUGCUGCUGGAGCGGCUGCAGAGCUGCGCGCCCAGCCGCGUGGUCAUCGUCGCUUCCCGCGCCCACUGCGCCGGCCGCCUGCACCCCGACACCCUGGGCCGCCCACCCCCUGGGCCGCUGUCAGCCUUCCAGGACUACUGCGACAGCAAGCUGGCCAACAUGCUGCACGCCCGCGAGCUGGCCACGCGCCUGCAGGGCACCCAGGUGACGUGCUACGCCGUGCACCCAGGGUUCGUCAACACGGAGCUCUUCCGCCACACGCCACUCUGGCUGAAGCCGUUCUUCCUGCCGCUGGUCUGGCUCUUCUUCCGCGAGGCGGCCGAAGGCGCCCAGACCUCCCUGCACUGCGCCACGCAGGAGGGCCUCGAGUGCUUCAGCGGCCGCUACUUCGCCGACUGUCGCCUGCAGGAGCCGUGGCCACUGGCCCGCGACGACCGGCUUGCCCGGGCGCUCUGGGAGGCCAGCGAGAGGCUGGUGGGGCUGGUUGGGGCUGGGGAGAGCCCUUCGCCAGCCCCUGCUGCUGUCAGGCAAUAAAAGUGGUGGUGGUGAACGGGAGGGAGCCGGCCG